AUGAAUUUUCAAAAACCAUUCGUUUUUAUUAUCAUUUCUUUGUUACUUUUAUUAUAUUUUUCUAAUAUUAUUCAAUCAUAUCCAAAUGAAAGAAUAUUUAGUUUAAAAGAAUUUUUACGACUACGUUGUUCAUUAAAUCUCAAUGAACAAGUGAUAAUAACAUGGAAAGGUAGUGUUUACUUACAUUUAUAUCAAAUGGAAGUCGAUCAUAUAUUUGAUAUUAUCGGAAUGAAUAUUGCACGAUGUUUAAAUGAUUCAAAUAAUCAUCAAAUUAUUUUAACAUCAAGAGAAACUCAAUUAUAUAUUGAUGCUAAUACUGGUGAAAAAUUAAAUAAAUGGACAAAUCCUUAUACAGGUAAUAUUGUAUCUGUUAUUCAUGUUGCUAAUGAUCCUGUUCAAAGUACUAUAUCGACAGAUAAAUUUUCAAUAAAAGGUUAUUUAACAAGUGAAAAUCAAAUCGUAUUACCAAUUGAUGUUAAUCUAUUUUAUCCAAAUCCUUUAUUUGAAAAUGAAACAUUAAGAUAUUAUUCAAAAGAAAAAUUUUAUCAAGCAGGAGAAUAUUUUAAAUUUUUUACAACAUUAAAUCAAAUAAUCAAUGAAAAUUUAACACAAGUUAAUCAAAUGGAUUUAUCAUGGACAAGAAUUUCACCAAUUUUACCAUGGAUGAAUAUGUCAACACAAUACAAUGGAACCUUGGUCUUUUCAGCUCAAGGAACGAAAAUUUCUUCUUUAACUCAAAUUGAUCAAGUUUUAUUUAAGGAAAUUUUUAAUCGAAUACCAAUUUAUGAAAAUGCACCAAAUUGUCAAUUAAAUACAUCGAGUGAAACAAGUUGGACUUAUUUUAAAAAAUAUUUUUCUGAAUAUUUAUCGAAUAUACAAGAAUUUCCAAUACCAAAAUCAAAGGAAGAUAUUCCAUGUAUUCAUGAUUAA